AUGCGACUGCUCGCUCCAGCCGCUGCAGCUAGCGAACCGAAGCACCGCUUGAAAGGCGCCGAAGAAGUGGGAAACUUCUAUCAACGAGCUCUUCGAAGUGCCCGAGGCAAGUGCUGCCACUGUCGCCGGACACACGAGAGGGGGCUACUCCUUUCGCAGGCAGAAAAGCCCACAGGGGAUGAGACGAAAGCCGGCGAGGACAAGUGCGUCGACAUCGAGGAGGAGCUUUUCGACCACAUCCCAGACGAGAUCGAGAAGGAGGAAAUCCAGCACGGAAACGAGCAGGACUUCGACCACGAGGAGGAAGAUUGGAACGACGACCUCUUCGACGAGGACGGUGUCCCUGACCUCAGUCAGGGCCAGGACGCAGGGGUCUAG